AAAAGCAUGUGUUUAUCCUUCUGUUCGCUAUAAAUUCCCCCGGUUGGUUCAAAUAUCCACGACUGUCUUCCUCCGCAGCGCUCUCUCUUCCGCUCUUCCCUCUCCUCGUUGCCAUGAACAUUCAGCAGGUCGUUCUAAAAUCAAGCUUUCUUCCCAUUUUCUCGACCUUAUCAAGCAAGCCCAAUAUGCGUAAAGUAGCAUCUCUGUGCACCAUGCCCAAUAUUUAUGCACGUAUCACGCCAAGUGUUCGAGAAAAUGCCUCAACCAAAACCCCCACUACCAUUCCCCCUACUUCAGCCUACAUCCACCUCCCUUUUUGUCGAAAGCGCUGCCACUACUGUGACUUCCCAAUCGUCGCUUUGGGAUCUUCCUCCUCCCAAACCGAUGACGACCCUCGAAUUCGGGACUACGUGGAGUUGCUUUGUCGAGAAAUUAAUGCCACAAAAUCAGAAUUCCAAACGGACCGGCCCCUCGAAACCGUCUUCUUUGGAGGCGGCACCCCUUCUCUUGUGCCGCCGAGGCUCGUCUCAGUUAUCUUAGAUGUGCUGGGGUCGAAAUUUGGGAUGGCUAAGAAUGCUGAAAUCUCUAUUGAAAUGGACCCCGGCACUUUUGAUGCGAAGAAAAUGGAGGGCUUGAUGAAGUUGGAUGUGAACAGAGUGUCUUUGGGUGUUCAGGCGUUUCAGGAAGAGUUACUCAAGGCUUGUGGAAGGGCUCAUGGAGUUGAUGAAGUUUAUGAGGCUAUUGAGAUCAUUAAGUCUUGUGGGCUUCAAAACUGGAGUAUGGAUCUCAUAUCUUCUCUACCUCACCAGACAGCUGAGAUGUGGGAAGAGAGCUUACGCCUCACUAUUGAAGCACAACCAACUCAUGUUUCAGUAUAUGAUUUGCAAGUUGAAGAAGACACAAAAUUUGGGAUACUGUACAAGCCAGGGGAAUUUCCAUUGCCUUCUGAUACAGAUUCAGCUGGAUUCUACAGAAUGGCUUCAAAGGCACUCGCUGAGGGAGGUUAUAGCCAUUAUGAGAUCAGUAGUUACUGCAAGAGCGGGUUUGAGUGUAAGCACAACUCUACCUAUUGGAAAAACAAUCCUUUCUAUGGUUUUGGUUUAGGGGCGGCUAGUUAUCUCGGUAGUUUGAGGUUCUCCAGGCCGCGGAAAUUGAAGGAAUACACCAGUUAUGUACAGAACUUAGAGAAGGGACUGGUGGAUUGCCAUGGAGAUAAUGAUGUUGAUAUCAAGGACAUGGCUAUGGAUGUUGUGAUGCUUUCUCUCAGAACUUCCUCAGGCCUUGAUUUACAAUCUUUUGGAAAAGCUUAUGGUGGUCAUCUUGUACAUUCUCUUUGCAGGGCCUAUGAACCGUACAUCAAAAGUGGCCAUGUGGUUUGCUUGGAUGAGCAGAGGAGAGCUCUAACAGUUGAUGAAUGCAAUGGCUUGCUAUCGAGCAAAGAUGAUAGUUUAACGAAGCUGAGGCACAUUCGACUUAGUGAUCCAGAUGGGUUUUUAUUAUCAAACGAAUUGAUCUCUCUUGCAUUUAGAGUCAUAUCUCCCUGAAUGUUAGAAUUCCAACCUGCUUUGGCUGGUCUUUCCUGAUUCCAAAUUUUGUGUUCCAAGUCAUACUUCCGGUAUUGUAAAGAGGACUAAAUGAUUGCCAGUUUUUUAAGACAAUGCAGGAUCCUGCAUCUGGCAUGAGAAUCUUGCGAAUUAAUCCUAGAGGAAGUUCAAGAUU